AUGUCACAAGACCAGCUUCCACCACAGGGUGUCACACUCUCCUGCGAGCGGCUCGGCAGCCAAGAAGGGUCCGACGCUGGUGGUGCCGCAGCAGCGUGCUCAUACCAUCGCACCCCCCUGCCUUCCAUGUGUGUCGCUCUCCCCUUCCCCCCUCCAAACCCCAACCAGGGUGUCCGGCACUCCUGCAAGCGGCCCAACGCUGGUGGUGCCGGCUCAGCGUUGGGCCCUCCUGCAAGCGGCUCGGCAGCCAAGAAGGGCCCAACGCUGGUGGUGCCGCAGCAGCGUGCUCAUACCAUCACAACCCCCUGCCUUCCAUGCCGCAGCGGUGCGCGCACACCAUCACACAGUUCUCCUGCGAACAGCUCGGCAGCCAAGAAAGCAGGCCCGACACUGGUGGUGCCGCAGCAGCGCGCACACACCAUCACAAAGGAGCGACUGGCGAUCGUGCAGUCCAUGGAUGGCUGGGCGGGGAGCACUCCAUUAUGGGGAGAGGCUGGCAAUCGUGCAGUCACCCCAUGGAUGGCCCUCUCUCUCCCAACCCUCGUUUCCCCCUCCCUCCUUCCGCGUGUGUGUUUCCACCACACCACAGGGGUGAAUGGCUCAGCCAGUAGUAAGAAGGCAGGGCCGACGGUGGUGGUGCCGCAGCAGCGCACACAUACCAUCACAAAGGAGCGCCUGGCGGUCGUGCAAUCCAUGGACGGCUGGGCGGAAAGCACGCUGCUGCCACUGCUCAAGCCUGUCGAGGCCAGCUGGCAGCCGCAGGACUACCUGCCCUAUCCCAAGCAGGAAUAUUUCUUGGACGAACUAGCUGACCUCCAAGCCAGGGCAGCGACUCUCCCAGACGACUACCCCGACUACCUGCCCCACCCCGAGCAAGACUCUUUUCUCGACCAGCUUGCUGAAAUCCAAGCCAGGGCAGCGACGCUCCCAGACGACUACCUGGUGUGCCUCGUGGGGGAUAUUAUCACCUCAGAGGCCCUCCCCACCUACCAUACCUUGCUCAGCUCAACACUCUCGACGGAUCCAAGGACGAGACCAGCGCCAGCCCCAGCCCGAGCAAGACUCCUAUCCCCCCCAACUUCCCUAUCCCCUCCUCUCGUCCCCCGCCUCCCCCUUCCUCAGGACUACCUGCCUCAUCCCGAGCAAGACUCCUUCAUAGAAAAACUUGCUGACCUGCAAGCCAGAGCAGCAACUCUCCCAGACGACUACCUGGUGUAUCCCUGA